CAACUUGGCUAGUAUAAAAUAAAACGUAUUUCAAUGUAUGUAUUAGUUAUUAUUUCAUCACCAUUGAAGGGAGCAGUACUUUUUAGUAAUGUCUAGUUUAAAUAAUAUUAUAGUUCGUAUAAUAUUUUAUUAUUUACAAAUAAAUAUUGUGUUCUCGUCACUACAUAUAAAUAAUGAUCCCAUAGUAGCGGUAAACGAAGGAAAACUGAAAGGUUCUGUAGAAAAGCUUGUUGAUGGUUCUUCUUACUUUAGUUUCAAAGGAAUACCAUACGCAGCCCCGCCUGUUGGAAAUCUUAGAUUCAAGGCUCCUUUACCACCGAAAUCAUGGAAAGGGGUUCGUGCCGCAAAACAAUUUGGUUCUAUUUGUGCACAAUUUAACACAACAUUCCAAGGUGACGAAGACUGCUUAUUCUUAAAUGUCUACACAAAGUCGUUGGACAAAAAUGCUAAAAUACCAGUUAUGGUAUACAUCCAUGGUGGGUCUUAUUAUGAGGGCUCUGGGGACUUUUUUACGCCAGAUUUUUUCUUACAACACGAUGUUAUCUUAGUAACAUUGAACUAUAGGCUAGAAUUGUUGGGUUUCUUAUCUUUAGAGAUACCAGAAGUACCUGGCAAUGCCGGGAUGAAAGAUCAAGUUGCGGCCCUCCGAUGGAUUCAAAAUAAUAUUGUUAAAUUUGGGGGUGAUAAGGGAAGUGUUACGAUUUUUGGUGAGAGUUCGGGAGCAUCAUCUGUUACUUAUCAUAUGUUGUCUCCAAUGUCGAAAGGUCUUUUCCACAAAGUAAUUGCACAAAGCGGUGUUGCGAUUAACGAUUGGGCUAUUGGCAAAGAUUCCAAAGGAAGAGCAUUCCGAGCUGGAAAAUUAUUAGGUAAAGACACAAAUGAUGUUCAGGAGUUGCUUCAUUUUUUCAGAGGAUUAAAUGCGAGCUCUCUUACUAACCUUACUAUUGCCACUUUAACACCAGAUGAAAGGUACAGAGGUCUUCCAGAGCAGUUCAUACCUGUAGCAGAAAAGAAAUUUCCGAAUGUCGAAGCUUUUAUCGAUGAAGAUCCACUGAAAGUUCUUGUUGAAAAACAUUUUGAGGAGGUUCCAUUGAUGCUUGGAUAUAAUUCUGGAGAAGGCCUAGUAGGCUUAAAAGAUCAUAUAACGAAAUUAGAUGUAUAUAAUAAAGAACCUUCUUACUACGUACCGAGGGAGUUAGUAGAGAGAGUUUCGAGAGAAAAAUUAAACGAUUUUGGCGAUAGAAUUAAAGAAUUUUACGUUGGAAAUAGAAACAUAACCGAGAAAGAUUUAAAUAUAAUCACUGACAUGCAAACAGAUAUGCAUUUUUCAUUUAAUGCACAUAGAUUUGCACAUUUGUAUACUUAUCACUGCGGAGUAUCUUACAUGUAUAGAUUCAAUUAUGAGACAGAUUUAAAUAUCAUUAAAAUAGCUUUAGGUCUUAGAGACCUGAAAGGCGCUAGUCACGCUGAUGAAUUAUUUUACAUGUUCUACAAUUAUCUAAACGAAAAACCUUACAAGACUCAAAAGAAACUGAGAGACAUUGUGUUUAAAGUGACAAAACUUUGGACCAAUUUUGCAAAAACUGGUCGACCCACACCUGAUAACGACUUGGGAGUAACUUGGGAACCAUACACCAGAGAUGGAAGAGAAUAUCUCAAUAUCGGUGAACCUAUGACAAUGGGAAAAUUCGCAGACAAAGAGAGAAUGGAACUAUGGGAUAAAAUUUAUCAAGAAUCAGGCGUUCAACAUUUGAUGUCUUCUAUAAUCAUAAAAAGAAGGUGAAGGAAUAACAACUAUUGUAAUCCAAAUUUUUGUGAUCAUAUGCCUCAUGGUGAUCAUGUCUAAAUCAAUUUGCUUACCAAAUAAUUUUGUCCAGUUUAUUAUAUUUAAAAUUCAGUAGCAUAAUAUAAAACAGCCUAUAUGUACGUAUUAAAUAAAGGCAGUUAUAUAUUCAGCCAGUCGACUGACGACAUUGGAUUGUGUUAUUUUCAUGUAUCCAUCAGUGAGUCGUAAACAUAAAUACUCAGAGCGCGUAUCAUUUUGGCACUCCGGGGACGCAGCAGCUACUGUGACUGUUAACAGCCACUGUCAUAAUAUAAACAUGCUUUUAGUUCGUCGAAAUUAUUUAGUAAGAGCAAAUGAUUUUUGUUAGAAUUGGUUAAGAAUUUGUAAUCAUGAAUUCAUUUCAACAAUUAUAUUGUAAAUAUAUAUUAUAAGAAAACACAAUAAAAAAUAAAAUGUUAAAAAUGAGA